GAGAAAAUUGAUCAAGUGGAUGUUGCGGUCUGGUCGCGCUCCCAUUCUCAAGUGGAUCGUUUGCCCCGCUGGUCAGCGCCGCGCCAUGUCCACGUCAUCGCAAUUGGGCCCGCUAGUGACGACCUCUCAAGUCGAUAGCCUCAUCUCCUCUGGUCUCGACGUUCGCUUUGUCGAUGCUUCCUGGUACCUCGACAAGGCACGCAACGGACUUGCUGAAUUCAAGCAGGAACGACUGCCUGGCGCGGUGUUUUUUGACAUUGACUCCAUCAAGGACACGUCUUCGUCGUUACCGCACAUGUUGCCCCCUCCUGCAGCGUUUGCAUCGUCCGUUCAAUCCCUCGGGAUCUCGAACGACUCAACUGUGGUCGUGUACGGCGGCUUCAACUGUUUCAGUCCUGCGCGAUGUUGGUGGACGUUCAAAUAUUUUGGUCAUGAUCAAGUGCAUGUCUUGAAUGGAGGCUUGACGCAAUGGAAGAAGGAAGGGCGACAAGUCGAGCGUGGCGAACCUGGGACUCCCGUGCCGGCGUCGUACGUUGCGUCGCCUCGCCCAGCGCUCGUGUUGAAUGCUCAACAAAUGCUGAAGCUCCUGAACACAAAAGACCAAAUCAUCGACGCCCGCGGCCCAAAUCGAUUCUUCGCCAAGGAACCCGAGCCCCGUCCAGGCAUGCGUGGAGGUCACAUGCCCGGUGCUUUGAACGUUCCGUUUGGGAAAGUCGUUGCUGCGGACGAUUUUUCGGCGUGGCGCGACGUGGAUGAGAUUCGUGCGAAUUUCGAGGCCAGCGGAGUGCGUCUAGCCGACACCACGUUGGUUGCGACUACAUGCGGGUCGGGAGUGACGGCGUCCGUCUUGUCCUUGGGGAUGCAUCUCCUCGGCGUGCCUUUGGAACGCGUGCCCGUGUACGACGGCUCGUGGUCCGAGUGGGGCGCGAGUGCGGACCUGCCCGUUGUGCAGGACUAGCCAUGUCCUUCGCCAGUUGCAACAUGGCAGUUGCGACCGAGCAAUGCGUUUGCAAAAUACAAACGACCACGUCUUCUGUGAGGAAAUCCAGUGGCGCUUGUUGGUGGUUCAUGUCGCUCAACAGCGCCAGGACGCGAUGGAGCGCAGUGUACUCACCGACCACAGCCAUGUUGGUCUAUCGGUCCGCGUAUUGGAUGUCGAAUGCCCUGUCGACAAAGUCGACCGCGGUCAAGGCGGAUGAUGUGGGGCAAGAUUCCUGUCACCUUGAGGCAUUCCAUGUCGGUUCUGACUUCGCAACACAUUGGGCGUGAGCAUCGCCGUGAUAUAGCCUGGCGGUGUGACGGUGUCGAGCUACAUGUAUCCCGCGGGUGUCUGGAACCUGACCGGAAAUUCCCAGCAGCAUCUCCUUUGACGUGACGGAAUAACACAAUUAACAGCGGAUUCCUCGUGUCA